AUGGGAAUAUCCGGCAAACAACCGCAUAGCACUUAUCUUGUGCCAUUAGAGCAUGAAAAUGUAUUUGCUGGAUGGGUGAGCAGUGUGUCCUAUCCGCAAUCGGCCACCAGACAACUCGCUUUCGGGAACCCCAGCGCACACACCGCGGUGCCGAAAGUCAAAGAACCGACCAAUGAUUUCUACAAUAAUGCGACACUCUCGCUGAUUGCCAAAGUGUUUUCACUGGCAGUAAUUGUCAUUGCAACUAUAAUGAUUGUCAGAUUGCUCGAGAAGAGUCUGCUGGGAAGCGGUUUGGAGAGGCCGCAUGAUAACAGUUCCUUGCUAUAG